AUCGAAACCACACCAACCAUGCCAUGAGCGACUCAUCCUUCCCGACGACGCAACUCGCUCGUCUCACAAACCCCUCAAACAGUCCAAUCCACGCCCUCACUUUCUCUUCCGGUACAGGUCAAUAUAUCCUCACCGGCUCCCAAGACCGCCAAAUCCGACUCUGGAACCCAGUCUCCCAACGUCCCUUGAUCCAAGCAUACUCAGCUCACGGCUACGAAGUCUUGGACAUUGCCGUCGACUCCCAAAACGAACGCUUCGUAAGUGGAGGCGGCGACAAGACGGUCUUCAUCUGGGAUGUCGCCACUGCUCAGACACUGCGAAGAUUCGGCGGACAUGCUGCUAGAGUGAAUGCCGUGGCGUUUGGAGGCGAGGGAGACUCUGUUGCUGUGAGCGGGAGUUUUGAUUCGACUGUUAAAAUUUGGGAUCUGAAAGCGAGGAGUGAGAAAGCUGUUAUGAGCUUUGGGGAGGCUAGGGAUUCUGUUACUAGCAUCAAGAUCCAGGGGCAUGAGAUUUUUGUGGGGAGUGUGGAUGGGAGGGUGAGGGUUUAUGAUUUGGCGAUGGGGAGGUUGGAGACGGAUGUUGUGGCUCCUGGGAAGGGUGUUACGAGUUUGAUGCCGACCAGGGAUGGGCAAGGGUAUUUGGUUAGUAGUCUUGAUUCGAAGCUGAGGUUUAUGGAUCGAGCGACGGGGAAGUGUUUGCAGACUUUUAGUCACGAAGGGUUUGUGAACGAGACGUAUCGGAUUCGGAGCACGUUGGCGGGUGCGGAGGCUUUUGUUGUGAGUGGGACUGAGGAUGGGAGGGUCUUGGUUUGGGAUGUAUUGAGUGGGGAUAUGGUGAAGGAGGUUUGGCAUAAAGAGGGAGGUGCUGCCAGUGCUGGUCAGCCGAGCAAAAAGGAUGUGGUGAGCGCUGUGGCCUGGAACCAGCUGAGAAAGAUGUGGGCCAGCGCUGGCGUUGAUGGGAGUGUGGCCGUUUGGGGCAAGCAAGAAUAA